AUGCCACGCAUACCAACAUCGCUCAUCCGUCAGGCGCGCGCGAUAGAUCCCUUUCUUCCAGCUCUUCUUGUGCCCUGUCGCGAAUUGCAUGCUGCCCAGAAUGAGCUACGAUGGCUCCGCGAACACGUCGAGAAAGUCGCGACAGCGCGUCGCGCCAAAGGAGAUACAAUAGCUAAAAGCUCUUUGCUACGACAAUUGGUCAAAGACAGAGCAGCUGGGAAGCCACUACAGUAUCUAUUAGGCACAGAAUACUUUGGCGACCUGGAGAUACGCUGUAGACCUGGUGUUCUAAUCCCAAGAGCAGAUACGGCCGCUUCAAUCACACAUCUCGCUGGUCUCCUAAACAAUGCGCAGAGCCUCCCGCCCGAAGUUCGCCUACUUGACCUCUGCACCGGAACCGGCUGUAUACCCCUCCUCUUCCAGCACGAGAUAUCCUCCGCAUCAAGCAAAGUAGACCUGCGUCUUCUUGGUGUCGACAUUUCAGAGAAGGCCCUGGGUCUUGCGAGACACAAUCUACAAAGUCUACGCAAAAUGCGACAACUGCAAGACAAUGGGAAAUUGGACUUCAUACAGGCAGACAUCUUGACAACUCCCUUCUCAGAUCAGACUGAAGGCGUCUUGUCGCUUCCAGCUGCGCUCAACUGGGAAGGACAACCGGCCUUCUGGGACAUUCUCAUAUCGAAUCCGCCAUACAUCUCGCCAUCUGCCUUCUGGAAGACGACAACGCGCUCGGUUCGCGGUUUCGAACCAAAGCUCGCAUUGGUACCCCCACGCAGGCUCAAACAGACAGACACAGAGCAAGGCGAUGGCUUCUACCCGCGUCUACUUGAGAUUGCUAGGGAUGUGGAAGCCAAAGUUGUCCUACUUGAGGUUGCCGACAUGGAACAAGCGCUUCGCGUAGCGCAGCAUGCACGGAAUCUAGACAUAUUCGACGGCGUCGAGAUAUGGCGGGAACAGCCUGAUGCUACCGGAGACACCGGAACCGAAGAAGGGUUUACAGUUGUUGGACAAGGCAAUGCCCGAUCCGUCCUCUGCUGGCGUGGUCAGGGGACAUCUUGGCUCGGGAAACCUGCAACGCCCGCCUCACCAAGCGAAGACGCCGAUCGCCUCUUUCGGAGCUCACACGCCAAAGUGAAAGAUGCCGACGAGAUAACUGCACAGGUUAAUGACAAGAAACGGUUGGAGCCGAGGUUCGACAUGGGAGUCGCCUCUGGAGCUGAAUACACUGGUAUCCCUCUUCGUCGACAGCCGAACGUUCGAAUGUCUGACGACUCGGAGAUUAAGUAA